AGUUUCACUCUAUCUCUGUUUAAUCAAUGCGGCUGUUGUAUCCCCACUCUAGUGCAUUCACUGACCUCGUGGUUGCGACGUUGCCAAGUGGAUUUGUUUAUGUUUACGCCGUGCUCACCUUACAAUUUACCACCUCGACGAAACAAGUGAAGAAUUAACCAAAAACGGCAUAAACAAUAGUCCAUAAAAGUGCUAGCGCAUACAAGUGUCCGUGAUUAUCGUUUCUCGAUUAACCACACGAAUUGUACUAGCGCCAAGUGCAACACUUAAACAUCGCAAACAGUGCAAUCGUGAUAAAUUGUUGUCAAGAUCAUCAAUAUGCCGAAGCGACCACCUAAAGGAAGCAAGAAAGCGUCGAGCAAGCCUAGCAAAACAAACAAGAGCAAUGGUAGUAUGAAAAUGACAAUGUAUACGGCGCCGACGAUGGUGCCCAGGCAGCAGACGAAGGAGCGUCUGCGGCAGGGUCGUCCUGGUGGCAAACGGCUGGCUGCUCCGCGCUCUUAUAACGGCAAGGCGCGAUCCAUGGCUCGGCGGUGUUUAGACCCGUGUGAUAAUUCCAACGAUAGUGGUCUUGGUUUUGACCAUCACGUGGAUCGCCACAAUAUGUUGAGCUCGAAUGAAAGCUUGCAUUGGGCAGACGCUGAUAGGGCAAUGGCAAAAAGGCAGAAAGUCGAUGUGAAGCUCGAAAAUGAUGAGGUCAAUGAUAACUACUCCUUUCCUGAACAUACACAUACAUAUAGGGACACAACUACGCUUAUCAGAACAGCACCUUCAGUUACUUUCUCAUCCUUUAGCGCAUCCACGACGCAGGGAGUACACUCGGGGCGGGUUGUACCGCGUGGACAUGCUCUUCUCAACUCGAUACCACAUUCAGCACCGAUUACAUUAACAUCGCAAUUACAAGCCUCAUCCAGAUAUCGAGAUAUAUCCUUAUCAAUCAUCUACCAGCCUGAACAGCAACACAGAGCGCGCUAUCAAACUGAAGGUAGUCGUGGCGCGGUCAAAGAUAGAAGCGGGAAUGGUUUUCCUGUUGUUCAACUUGUUGGAUAUAACAAACCUGCCACGUUACAAGUGUUCAUUGGUUCAGACCAAGGCAAAGUUGCCCCUCACAUGUUCUACCAAGCGUGUAAAGUCAGUGGUAAGAACUCAACACCAUGCAAUGAGAAGACAAUUGACGGCACGAUUGUAAUCGAAUUACAAUUGGAGCCUGGCAAGGACAUGCAAGGUACUUGCGAUUGUGUGGGCAUCCUGAAGGAGCGUAAUGUUGAUGUUGAACACCGGUUUCCCGACCAACUCGGUUCUCGUGCGAAGAAAAAGUCGACGAGAUGUCGCAUGGUGUUCCGCACAACUAUUACCCACACGGACGGCAUGCAGGAGACACUGCAAGUGUGUUCACAACCCAUCGUUUGCACACAACCUCCGGGCGUGCCUGAAAUUAGUAAGAAGUCGUUAACAUCGUGUCCAGCCAGCGGUGGCUUGGAGUUGUUCAUUAUCGGCAAAAAUUUCCUCAAAGACACCGUCGUGUACUUCCAAACGAAAGACGAGUCGCGAGGCAGAUGGGAACAAUCAGUUGUUCCUGAUAAAGAGUUUUUACAGCAAACUCACCUAAUAUGUGUAGUGCCACAAUUUUUCCUCCCCGACAUAACCGAACCGGUAUCGGUAAGGAUGUAUGUAAUGUCGAGCGGGAAAACUAGCGAGCCACAUUCGUUUGUAUACACGCCCGUUAACGGGGCAAUGCCAAGUGUUUGCAUUGAGGCACAAACCUCACCGCUUCAACAAGUGUCGUUCUUAUCGAAAAUAAUGCCACCGCCGGAUACGAGUCUUGUGCCGUUGUCACAGCGACGCCUGUCCGCCGCGAGCAUCGUGAACACCGAUUCUAUGUCGCCACCGAUGAGAUGUAAUUCAUCUAUGAAGCAGGAGUUUAUGGACGAGAACAGCCAGAAUUCCGUAAUGGACGCCUCCGAGCUGCAACCGCGAUUCCGUCACAUUUCUGAGAGCUCGUUGGACGUACAACAAGGCGAUUCGAAUCUCUCGAUGAUUAACGACAACUCAAUGGAUAUGAUGCAUCAUCAACAAAUGGUCCACGCAAACAUGAAUGAGAAUUCGAAUUUGAGUUUGGUGAACGAAAACAGCAUGGAUAUGAUGUCCGGCGGACGUACAUCUGUAUGCGGUGAAAUUAUUGACGAGACUUCGAAUCAUUACUCGCCCCAGCGAUCUCCCGAAAUGAAGGUCAUGGAUCUGCGAAGAAAGAUGCCCAUGGCCACGGUGGCAGAUUUGGUCAAUACGAAAGAGCCUUCUAUGGCUACUUUACAGAGUUUCGGAAUGAUGGAACAUAACUUGGUACCACUGCCAGCACAGACUGCCCAAAGUAUUGAGAAUUAUUUAACGAAUAUUGAAAACAAAAAUCCAUUUUUACAACAACCUAGCAACACCGUUCUCACGACCAGCUCGUUCAUGGCGCCACAGAUGAUGUCGACUGUAUCGAACGAAGAGAAACACGAGGCUGGUACUUCUCCGAUAGCGGUCGCCGAGGCUGCUUUGGCAUCAGCUCAGCACCAAACAGUCAUUCAAAACAUUGAAAAUGGUUUACUAAACAACACAUUGGGUAACACCAUGCCCACAGAGCGAUUAAACGUACUAGUUAACUGUGGAGUGGAAAGCAUGGUGUCUCCUAAAGAGUCAAAUAUGCUACUAAGUCAGGAUGUUAUGAUGCCUUCGAUGAUAAACACAAAUUUGACAUCGCCUUUGGCUCCUCCGGCGUUGAACACACCCAAUUCGAAUAUAUCGCCGGAGGUAAUUUUAAAUUCGCAAAUAUCACCGAGCUUAAUGUGCCGAAGUGCCACUCAGGACGCACUGCUACCAUCCACAAACCUGCAGCCUAUUUGUCAAUCUACGGCCCCGCAUAACGUCAAUGUGGAGACAACUAUGACUAACCCGUUGUUAAGUUCAUCUAACACAAGUUUACUUGUGGUAAAUGGUCCAGAAAAUGCCAUUAUUCUUAGCGCUGCUGCAGACUUGCUUGAAACGCAAAAGAACAUUAGCGAAAUUCUUACAACCACGAACGGGGAAGUUAUGCCCAUGAGUCAAUUGCAGACCACCGCUGGUCAAAUUGGGAACAACUUUUUCACAACUGCCGACAAUGCUACACUUGUCGACACCAUCACGAAAUCUAUGGCGCAAAGCAACAAAGAUUUUAUGAUGCCUGUGACGGUAUCAAUACCAAUGCAAGGAACGAUCACUGGCCCUGUCGUCACAACUCUGAAGGAAAUGCAGAACGAGAAGAAGUGCGAGGAGGAGUUGCGGAUGGUACCGCCUUCUUUGGCCACGAUGUCCGAGAAUGAUCUCAUCAACAUCAUUAAUCCUAGUUGUUUUGAUCAAGGUAACAACGCCAUGCACUAAAACGUGUCCGUUUACACAUAGAAGUUAUAAUUCGGAAUGAGCAUGAAUCAAUUUAAACGGAAACACUCGCAAAACAAAGCGUUAAAAAAUAUUGCUUACAUACGAAUGAAAGUUCGGGGAAGAUCAGUGAUCUUAGAAUUCUUACUACCCCUAAAUAUUAUUUGGUUUGUUUCUGUUUGUCCUACUAACCAGAAGAGAAAACGGCAUAUGACACUGCCCCGCAUAUGUAAAAAGCUUUUUUUUUGUAAUUUUUGUCGUCAACUCCUAGUUAGAAGUGGCUGCUACAUUUAGUACUAUUAUCACUGUAGCAUCUAGCGUAUGUAGAUAAUGCGAUGUCAUUGUACAGCAAUGAUGCAGCAAAUAUUUAACCAAGUUAGUCUUUACAGUCUAGAGGUAGUAAUUGUUUGAAAUUAAGUGUAUUGUAUUCGUAGUAGAUUCUUUAAGUGUGUAGUUUGCGAUUUUCUCAUUAUUAAUUGUCGUAUCUUACUAUCGUUUGUAACUAAUUGAUACUGCUUUACUUUCGUUACGAUUGAUAACGCUCGAUAUACAAUAACAUGUAGAUGAUUAACCCAAACUGUUCUCAUAUCGCGUAUACCUGUUAUUAUUGUGUAAGUGGGCAGUCGUUUGCAUUGUGUUACAUUUAGUUAUAAUUACGGUCUUUAAUGAUGUGCAUUUGUUGUUUUCAGUUUAAGACAGACACGCAAUGCGCAAAUUUCAUGUUAUGGUGGAGGUCGCACGCAUCCAUUCAUUCAUCUUUUUUUAAUUUCAUCAUCCAUGUGCAUCCUUAUAAAGUCAUUACCGACUGUGUCUGAUAAUGGCGCCGAUAGAACUUUCGCGACGCGUGAAAAUUCCUAUGAUAAACCUAUGAAAAAUUGAUAAAGCAAAAGAAGAAUUUUAUAAACCGAUAUAUAUGAUCAAAAAUCUAUUUACCGCCGAUGUCAUAUGUGACAUGCUGUUCAUAUUGAAAUGUACAUUUUUUACAAUAACUUAUAUUUAUUGUAUCUGCUAUAAUCAUUACUGAGUACUGAGUACAUUUCGACGUGAAACUGCUGGCGUAAAGAUGCACUGAAGGACACAGAGAAUAUUCUAUGUAGGUAUUAAGUGUUUGUAUAAAUGUAUUAUUAUCCUGUUUACUACUGAAUAUGUUUAUUAAUAUUAACGCAGGCAAAACAAAUGAUAAAACUAUUCUGAUCACAUGUGUGCCAGAAAACAGAGUGUUAUUAUAUUUGUAUUAUUUUUUAAAUUUUAUUUGAACUUGGUUUCAAGAAGCAUUGAUUUCGCCGAGAUGGAUCUUCAAUUUGAUUUAUUUUGAAUUUUAUUACUACGUAAUAAAGAUAAGUUACUUGUUUACUUUAA